AAACGGAGGGCAGGCGAAUGAGGACUAGGAACAAUCCGAGGGGGCAGGCGUCGGUAGCAUCCCAAAGGGGAAGCCGGGCUGCAUCUCGGGGUUCGAGAGGAGGCCGUGGAGGCCGUGGAAGCCGUGGAGGUCAUCAAGCUCAAACUGUGAGUGAUGGCCAUGUGAGCUCGGUGUAUAAAACCAACACCGAAGACUAUGACUCAACCUACGUUCCAGAGACGGAGCAUGAAGAGACCCCGUAUGAUGGGGGUGACACAUACACCGAUGAUGAUGAUGAUGAAGAGAGUGAUGCCAAGUUCGCCCAAAUGGGCGAAUUGCUCGAGUGGUAUCAAAAAGAAAAAUUGAGGAGAGACCUUAGGCGCCAAGCAAGGCGUGGCUCUCGCGGUGGUUCGGGUCAAGGAAGCCGGGGAGCUUCCGUGGCCACCCCAGCGGCGUCACAAGGUGGGCGUGAAGGAGGUUUUGUCGUGAGAAUCUCCAAGUACCUCAAGGAGGCUAGGGCCUUGGGGUGUAGGUCCUUUGACGGCACCGGUGACAUUACCGUUGCCGCAGAUUGGAUUAAGAAGGUGAAGGAUGCAUCAAGAGACAUGCAAAUCACACCGGACGUGAAGUUGACCGUCGCUUCACGGUUACUUGAAGGGAUAGCCUCUACGUGGUGGGAGAGCGUGGAAGGGAAGUACCAUGGGGAAAUAACAUGGGCGGACUUUGAGCUAGAGUUCUAUGCUCAAUACUACUCCGAGUACGAGGUGAAUGUGAAACGGAGAGAGUACACUAACCUCAAACAGAAGGAUGGCGGCACAGUUAAACAACUGGAACAAGAGUUUAGAACCUUGGCUAGGUUCUUGCCGGAGUACGCGGUUGAUGAGAACCGCAUGACGGAGCACUUUUGGGAUGCCCUACUCUUGGACAUUCGUGACCGAGCUACGUACUCGCGCCACAUGACCUUCAGCGAGGUGAAUGUGAAACGGAGAGAGUACACUAACCUCAAACAGAAGGAUGGCGGCACAGUUAAACAACUGGAACAAGAGUUUAGAACCUUGGCUAGGUUCUUGCCGGAGUACGCGGUUGAUGAGAACCGCAUGACGGAGCACUUUUGGGAUGCCCUACUCUUGGACAUUCGUGACCGAGCUACGUACUCGCGCCACAUGACCUUCAGCGAGGUGGUGGAACAGGGCCUUCUCGGGGAGGCCCAAUGGAAUGAGAGGAAAGAGAGAGACGCCGAAGAGGCGAAAAAGAGGAAAUGGCAAAGUUCGGGGCCGCCCGAGCAAGCACGGAAGGAUAAACACGGCGGAGGUGGCGGUUCGUUCAAGACUCCGGCACCACCGGCAAAGAAGAACAAGGAUGCUCGGUGGCAUGCAUCCUCCUCCCAAAGGACGGGGCCUCCAAGGUGUGCCAAUUGUUCGAAAAAUCACUUUGGGAAGUGCAAUGCACCCCCGAGGUGUUAUCAAUGUGGGAACACGGGCCACAUGAAGGCCAAUUGCCCACAACUGGGGGGCGGAGGAGCUCCGGGAUCCGGAGGAGGAACCACGACGGGAAGGAACCGUGCGGGGCCGUCAAACGGCGGCACGGGAAGAGGCGGCGCAUCCACAAGCCAUGCCGCGUCCGUAAAUCAAGGCGGGACCCAAGCACGAGUGUACGCAAUGACCGAGGCGGAUGCGCGAGCAAACCCGGACUCCGUUGCAGGUGAUACACUUAUUUUCCUGUAUUUCUAGGCUUAUUUGGGACAUAUAAGUCAUUGGGUUUGGGUGCGGGCCACCCCGGGGUCAAACCCCGCGAAUUCGGGGCGAAACGAGCUAAAAACAACUACGCGCGAUCGCGCGUACCUACAGACGCACGACCGUGCGUAAGAGGCAGUAGCCUCAGGUCUUAUUUCGCACAGACGCACGACCGUGCGUACUGGUAG